AUGCCGGUCUUCACCGCUAACAUACCCGGAAUCCUCAAAGUUGGUGACAGAAUCGAAAUCGGGGGUAAAAUUAAAGAGAAUGCUCGCAAAAUGUCGGUGAACCUGUGUGCGCAGGAGGGUGAGGAGCCUCGCGACGUGGUACUCCACUUCGACGUGAGGUUCCAUCGAGACAACAUCAUCUCCUUGUCACGGAAGAACGGCAUCUGGAUCGGUAGCGGCAACUAUGAUACCAACUAUAAUAUGUUUGUGCCAGGCACAAUAUUCCGUAUAAUCUUCGAGAUUAAAGACACGGACGUGAUCACAAUCUACUGCCAGGGCAAGUUCCAUUCAAACUUCUUGCCGAAGAUACCGUUGACAAUGGCACGUUACAUCGUCGCGUGGGCUGAUGUCGAGAGAGUCACACACUGCUACUUCCAUCUAUCUUCUAAGCCGCCGGUAGGUGGUGACGAGGCUGCUGCAGCUACAGGCGUCUUCCAACCUCAGUCUCCUCGGCCCACGAUGGUUGUCAGCGAUAUCAAGCGAUGCCAAAGAUUACACAAGAAGUCAGCCCCAGGUUCGCCACAGUUACACUCGUCGAACGAGAGUUCCGACGAUGAACAACAAAAGGCCAGGCCGAAAACCGACGGCCGAGCGGACCGAUACUUUUACGACACUUUAAUGUGCCAGCCGUCUGAUCACCCAAAAUUCGGCUCACCAGAAAUGAAACGGAGAGAUCCAACCUUAGCUAGAAGUAAAAUAGAUUAUAGUAGAAAGUUCAGAGAGGUAUCAGACACUGAGAAAAAUGACAGUGAAGAUUAUUCAGAGGAUAUAGCGUCUAAAAACAUGGAUUCUUCAGUCGCAGAAUCAGAUGAUGUACUACAGGAGCUCGGACUAAAGAAACGAUCUAGACGCGGCAAGUUCGCGCCGUUCGCUCAAGUAGUAAAUUUUAUGGGGAAGACGACGAGGAGAAAUUAG